CUGCGCGAUGGAGAAGCGGGGAUGGAGUGGGAAACCGCCCUCGGCCGCGGCGCCUCAGCAGCCGCCGAUGAUGCCUCGGAAAGAGAGGAGGCCUAGCAUGUUCGAGAAGGAGGCAUAUGCACAGAUUUUAAAAGAAAGACUGAGAGAAUCAAUUCAUGAUGUUCAGUACGUAGAGCCACCAUUUGAUGACGCAAUUGCUGACAUAGGUAAAGAAUGGAAGAGUACCCUGGCCAAACUAAAGUUUGCUAAUUCAUAUAGAAUGGAGCCAUUGAAAAAAUUCCAGGCUUAUUCAGUAGAAGCGAAAGUCCAGCAGAUAUUAAAGGAAAAUCUUAAAGAUGUUAAAUAUGAUGACAAAGUCUUCUCUCAUUUGUCGCUUGAAUUAGCAGAUCGCAUAUUGUUAGCAGUCAAAGAAUUUGGGUUCCACCGUUAUAAGUUCAUUAUAAAAGUAUUACUCAUUCAAAAGACGGGUCAGGCAAUCAAUACUGCCAGCAGAUGGAUCUGGGAUGUUGCGUGGGACAGCUGGGUUGCUGCAAAACACGAAACUGAAACUUACGUGGCAUUGGCCUUAGUAUUUGCUCUUUACUGUGAAUAGCUUGUUACAUGUACUAAAGAGUGUUUACUUCUCAACUUUUCAAAAAUACAUGAAA